AUGCCAAACUUACGUGUAUUUGACAUUCGACAUGAAGAUUGGCCAAAACAUGCUAAUAAUAAUCAAUUAGUAUUAGAUACACAGAUCAAUCCAUUUACAUCUUCAUUUUGGAUCGAACGACAAUGGUUCUUCGAACAUCAAUGUUAUCACUUAAGAUAUACAGAUUGUACAAUAUUCUAUUCAAUAAAUCCAUACAGAAGAAAGAAUUAUGUAUUAUAUGAGCAAUCGAUGGAAACAACAUGUUUAAACUCUGACAAAACUAAUCUGAAAGCAAGUCAAUAUUGGCAACAAAAAUUAUAUAAGCUAAACCUGUUAGAAACAUUAGUCAAUGAUUAUAUCUCAAAACAAGUCGGUUCAAAAUUAUACUUAUGGUGGUAA